GGCUCGGCUCGGCCGCUGGCUCGGCGGCGCGGAGGAGGGGCCGGGGCCGGGGCCGGCGGACCAUGGCGGAGAAGCCGAAGCACGACGGGCGUGUGAAGAUCGGCCACUACGUGCUGGGCGACACACUGGGGGUCGGCACCUUCGGCAAAGUGAAGAUUGGAGAGCACCAGUUGACGGGUCAUAAAGUGGCAGUAAAAAUCUUAAAUAGACAGAAGAUUCGUAGUUUGGAUGUGGUUGGAAAAAUCAAAAGAGAGAUUCAAAAUCUGAAACUCUUCCGACAUCCUCAUAUUAUCAAACUAUACCAAGUCAUCAGUACCCCGACUGACUUUUUUAUGGUAAUGGAAUACGUAUCUGGUGGUGAAUUAUUUGACUACAUCUGUAAACAUGGACGGGUCGAAGAGACAGAGGCCAGGAGGCUUUUUCAGCAGAUUCUUUCUGCUGUGGAUUAUUGUCACAGACAUAUGGUUGUUCACAGAGACCUGAAACCCGAGAAUGUGCUGCUAGAUGCCCACAUGAAUGCCAAGAUUGCUGACUUUGGUUUAUCAAAUAUGAUGUCAGAUGGUGAAUUUCUGAGAACAAGCUGUGGGUCUCCAAAUUAUGCAGCACCCGAAGUCAUCUCAGGCAGGUUGUACGCGGGGCCCGAGGUGGACAUCUGGAGCUGCGGAGUGAUCCUGUACGCCCUCCUCUGUGGCACGCUGCCCUUCGACGACGAGCACGUCCCGACCUUAUUUAAGAAAAUUCGUGGAGGUGUUUUUUACAUCCCAGAGUAUCUGAACCGUUCUGUUGCUACUCUCCUCAUGCACAUGUUGCAAGUGGACCCCCUGAAACGAGCAACCAUCAAAGACAUCAGAGAGCACGAGUGGUUUAAACAAGAUUUGCCCAGUUAUUUAUUUCCUGAAGAUCCUUCCUACGAUGCAAAUGUCAUUGAUGACGAAGCCGUGAAGGAAGUGUGUGAAAAGUUUGAGUGCACGGAGUCCGAAGUGAUGAACAGCUUGUACAGCGGGGACCCUCAAGACCAGCUCGCAGUGGCUUAUCACCUCAUCAUUGAUAACCGGAGAAUCAUGAACCAAGCCAGUGAGUUCUACCUGGCCUCUAGCCCGCCCACCGGCUCCUUCAUGGAUGACAGCACCAUGCACAUCCCCAUUGGGCUGAAGCCACACCCUGAACGGAUGCCGCCUCUAAUAUCAGACAGUCCCAAGGCCAAGUGUCCCUUGGAUGCUCUGAAUACAACCAAGCCCAAAUCACUAGCUGUAAAAAAAGCCAAGUGGCAUCUGGGGAUUCGCAGCCAAAGCAAACCCUGUGACAUCAUGAGUGAAGUCUACCGGGCUAUGAGACAGCUAGGCUAUGAGUGGAAGGUGGUGAAUGCAUAUUAUCUUAGAGUAAGAAGAAAGAACCCCGUAACUGGCAAUUAUGUGAAAAUGAGCCUCCAGCUUUACCAGGUGGACAAUCGCAGUUACCUCUUGGAUUUCAAAAGUAUUGAUGAUGAUGUCACAGAGCAGAAGUCUGGUUCUUCAACACCUCAACGUUCAUGCUCUGCUGCUGGCUUACAUAGACCAAGGCUGAGUUUUGAUUCCACUGCAGCUGACUGUCAUUCUCUCACCGGAUCCCUGACUGGCUCCUUGACAGGGAGCGUGCCUUCUGUAACUCCACGCCUCGGCAGCCACACCAUGGAUUUUUUUGAAAUGUGCGCCAGUCUCAUUACUACAUUAGCGCGUUGAUGAUGACCCGUCAUUAGUCUCUGUCCUUGUGUUAUUGCACUAUGAGAAUCAAAUUUGUGUCUUUAAAUUAUUAUCUCCUCUUCUGGGUAUCUUAUACAAACUGAACACAACACAAACUGAAAGAUGUAUCCUAUAGGGACACCCAUUUCCAUAUCGA